CAUGAUGUCAAGCCUCAUCUUGGGAUUUUUGUAGGAGCUGUCACAGCUUUAGCUCUUCUGGUGAUUAUCAUAGUUCUACUCGUAAGAAUGAGAAGUGUUCGAGAAGAAAGCGAUAAUGGUGAUGCUUCAGAAGACACUGUAGAAAACAAGUACAGCGCAGUAUCCGAGGGAAUGGUGACAAACAAUAACGUAGACUCAAGUGAUCCCGAUCUGAUUCCGUUACGUAAUUUCAUGACGAACUUCCAAAGAACCAAUACUCUUAGGAAGAAAGAACCACCAAUCAGAAAGUGCACUUUUAACAGUGCGAGCCGAUCUUUAUAUUACGAAAAACAAAGAGAUUGUGACGAGUAUAGUAACACCUCCUCUCCGGAAAGACAUUCUCUCAAGAAUAACAAAUCUCUCGAUGAGGACAACGGCGGCUUCUCCGACGAAGAACUGCUCUUUCGAUCCACAGCCAGACCUCGGUCAGCUGGUUUUCAACACCCACGACUUGAUCCGUGGAGUGACGAUGAUGACGGGACGAAAGCGGAAUUCACUGGUGACCAGGGACCUGAAAAUACUAAAAAGAUUGCUAGAAAUCGCUAUUACAAAAGACCAUUUUACGGAGAACAGCAGCCUAUCAGUAAAACGCUGCCGAAUCGUCGUAGGAUGAAUUCAUCACGAUUACAACUCAGGAAGCACCAGAGAGCACCUAGAGCCGCUUAUAAUGUUGACACCGAUCGUUCGCAAGUUCUAAUUCCACACCAAACAAGUCUUAAGUAUUUAUAUCCCGAAAUUCAGCCAAAUUCGUGUCCCCAUGGCAACUACGGAAUGUCUACGCCAGUUUGAUCCAACUCUUGAUGAAUCGAAGAUCGAAAUCUUGAUUUUUUGGAAGGUGAAGAACUGCCAGCUUUGGAUACUAGAGGUGCAUACAAAUGUUCAUUUGUUAGAUUUUGUAUAAAAGAGAUUUUUAUGCAGACUGAAUGGUGCAUAACAAUAACAGUUGAAAAGUGUGCUGUUGUGCGUUAGUUAAGAACGACCAUCAAAGAACUAAUCUUUCUUUGAUAACAAACAAUAUGUUUGGUAAAACGAAUAGUUUUCGAUACUUUCAGAACUUUGACGUGUGUGAACUUUUUUCAGCUAGAUAUUGAAUAUCAUACUGUUUCAUAAAAUAGUAGAUUUGAUAAACUGAUAGCAGCUUUAAAAUACAUCUCAGGGGAGAAAACAUGAACAUUAUUAGUAACCGAAAGCAUUUCCAAAACUGUUGUAUACAAGAAAUCGUAUUUCUAACCACUUUUGCUUAUAUCAAAGUCAUAGGAUUACGAACAACAUAAAGUAUUUAGAACUUAGUGCGACUAGUUAGUUUUAAUUCUAAACUAAAUGUUUCGUGGUUAGCAAAACAGAUUCGAUUUCUUUCACAACUUUUUUAGUAUUCACUCAUUUUUACUCUUCUAGUGUCAAGAGUUUUGAGAGCUAGACCGAUAAAACUAUGUAUUGUGGUAAAAUACACAUAUAAAACAGUUUAUGGGAAUAUGGUUUAAUAUGGACUGUAGUUUGUGCAAAAUUAGUGAGUAAUUAAUUUCCUAUUGUGAACUUAAUUUUAAAAUUUUAGAAAUAACUGGAAAACUUUUAUUACUGAUUCUCAAGUUAUAUUUGGAUUCAUUCCUCUUUCUUAAAGUUUCAAAUUACAUUUAUAUAUAUUUUAAAAACCUAUAACAGUAUAAAUAUUGCAAGCCUUCUCUUAUGCACAAUUAAACAAUUCAAAAGUCUUUACUUAGAAUACCGAAGAAAGGGUAGUUCGGUUGCAGAUUUUUAAAAUCUGAUUUGAAUAAAAUUUUAUUCUAUAUAUCUAAUUUCCUUCACUGAUACUUAUUUGUCAUUGAUAUUUUGAAAAACCAAAAAAAACCGUUUAGAAUGAUAAAUCACGUAAUGAAACCUUCGUACCUAAUAAGCUACAGUUAAUCCGAUAGAUUUAAAGAACUAUCUAUGUGUCAACAUAUUGAACGUAAAAGUCUUAUUAUAAACAGUAACAAGAGGGAAUCCUCAAUAGUCGCAGCACUUGAAA